GUCCAUGUCAAUGUGUCAAACCAGUGAGUCCUCAUACUGUCGCCAGACAUAUCCUUGAAUAACGCGACUUCUUCUAACCCUCAAUUUGCAGACCUGAAGCGUGACCUAAUUACCGCGACCGCAGCCUUGGCCGGCCUGUCAAGCAUUUUGUUCGGAUUCUUUACCAAUCUUCCUGUCGCUCUUGGGUUAGUACGCCUAUCCCACGAUUGGGACCAUCUUUGAUUCGGACUCAAAUUUUGUCUGACUUGAUUCUAGACCAGGCAUGGGACUCAAUGCCUAUUUUACGUACCAGGUUGUCGGCUGGCGAGGUUCUGGCCCUAUACCGUAUCGUAUUGCACUGACUGCUAUCUUCGUCGAGGGGUUCAUCUUCAUGUUUCUGGCGCUUACAGGAAUGCGACAAUGGCUGGUUCGCAUGAUACCAGCUACUAUCAAAACUGCCUCUGGUGUUGGUAUUGGACUUUUCCUUACUGAGAUCGGCCUGUCCUAUUCUGCUGGCAUUGGCGCAAUUACUGGAGGUUUUACCACGCCAUUAGCCAUUGGUGGUUGUCCCCCUGAAAUGCUAGACAGUAGUGCCGAAUGUAGCGGAAAGAUUAUGGCAAACCCUGCUAUGUGGAUCGGAAUUUUCAUCGGGGGGGUUUUGGUCGCCUUCUUGAUGGCAUUCAAAGUCAAAAGCGCCAUUAUUAUCGGCAUUGGAUUGGUCUCGAUUCUCUCUUGGCCUCGCGACACAUCCUUCACAUACUUCCCGUACACAACAGAGGGAGACAAUCGGUACGAAUUCUUUCGACAGAUCGUUGCGUUCCAUCCGAUUGAAACAACUUUGGCGGUACAGGAAUGGAACCUUCAAGGGACAAGUGGUGCUCAGUUUGCACUCGCCCUCGUGACAUUCCUCUAUGUUGACAUCAUCGACUGUACCGCUACGCUGUAUUCCAUGGCCAAAUUCUGUGGCGUUGUUGAAGAUGACGGUGACUUCCCUCGCUCCACGAUUGCCUAUUGCACUGAUGCAGCAUGUAUCUCAAUCGGCUCGUUAUUCGGCUGCUCGCCGGUCACUGCAUUCAUUGAGAGUGGUGCAGGAAUCGCUGAAGGUGGCCGCACUGGUCUGACUGCAGUUUCCACUGGGUUCUGCUUUCUCAUCAGUCUCUUCUUCGCACCGAUCCUCGCCUCGAUCCCGCCCUGGGCUACAGGCUCAACACUUAUCUUGGUUGGCUGCCUCAUGAUCCGCCAAGUGACCAACAUCAAUUGGCAAUACAUUGGCGACGCCGUUCCAUCCUUUGUGACUCUAGCAUUCAUGCCAUUCAGUUACAGUGUCGCCUACGGUCUUAUUGCUGGCAUGAUGGUAUACAUCGUCCUGAACACUAUGAUUUGGGUUGUAGUCAAGUUCACAGGCGGGAAAGUAACGCCGGCCAACUGGCAGUCAAAAGAAGUUUACAGCUUCGGUUUUGGAAGACGAGAUAUGCCAGGCUGGGUGAGAUUCCUUCGUCGCAAGUUCUUUGGUGCCGAAGUGGUUCGAAAGGACGGCAUAGAGCUCGCCGAUUGUGACAGUACCAUCAAUCACGAGUCACGCAGCGGGUCGGCCGAGGGCAAGCCUUUACAAAUCCUCUCAAGCCGACCUCACCCUCACGGUCGCCAUAUCGACUACGAUCUUCCUUCCCUCGACUAGAAAGAUCGGCAAGAUGAAUCGUUGUGAUGUGUCUGUUGCAAGGUACAAUAAUUGAUGUAGAGGGUAUUUGCCGUGAGAAACAAAGAAAAAUAUAUUGUUAUUGUGGUCAGUGCUAUACAUGAUAUCAAGGAGAAUGAAGAACAGAAAACAGCUGGCAUAGAUGAGAGAAAGCCACAGGUAGCUGAAGUCCAGCAGGGGAUAUAUAUUAAGUAUCAGAGGACGGAGCUUUGACCUGGCUUGAAGGAGACAUAUGUGGCUCCUAUGAUAAUGUAGUUUCAAAAGAUAUAACAUGGCAACUAGCGAUUUUCGCCAUAAUCACGUUGGGACACUGUCUAUCCUCACUUGAAGUGGCUGUUUGAUUUCUAUAU